AUCUUCCCAAUCAAUCACGUGUGUAGUAUACAAUUAAAUAAAAUUGUAAUAAAGUUUUUGAUAAAUACAGUACAUGAGAAUAAUCAAGUAAGUCCAUCAAAUGGUUCGCUUUUGCAAUGGAACGAUAAAUCAGUUGCUACUUACAAACAAAAACUUAUUCAGAGACAUAAAUGAAGAAUGGACCAAUAUAGAAUCAAACGUAGUUCGGGAGAUCUGAUUGGAUUGAUUAAGAGGAACGACGAGAAGGGUGUCGAGGCUCUGUUGCUUGAAGGAAUUAAUGUGAAUGCCAGGGACAAUGACGAGGUGGGUAUGGUCGCACUUCACCACGCCAUCUUCGCGAACAACGUGCAAAUCCUGAAGCUCCUACUGGAGCACGGCGCGUACCCGGACGAUGCUACCUACGGCGGCAUACGUCCGUUCGACGUGGCCUUCGCCCUGACGAGGGUCGAGCACCUACAUCUUCUUAUCCAUCACGGGGCUCGCGUCAAUAUCAAGCUUUUCGAGCUCUAUCGUUGUAAUAAGCUGCCGCGCAAGUUUGGCCAACUAUUUUACACUCACGUGGAAUUAAGGGAUCGCGACAAGCACGGCUGCAGCAUAUUGCACAAGGUCGUGAAGUACGGGGACGUAGAAGGGUUAAAGACAAUUCUGAGGAGAGGCGCUGCCGUGGACGAGCGGACAUUAAACGAUGGAAUGACGUCGUUGCACAUCGCAGCGAGAAAUGGUCACCAGCUCUGCAUUGAGAUACUGUUAGGACAAGGGGCGAAACCUAACCUCAAAGACGAGUUCGGCUUCACAGCCUUGCAUCUCCUCAUGAUCGCGUCGAUUCCCGAAGUCGACAAGGUGAAAGCACUCGAUACGCUGCUCGACUUCGGCUGUGAUAUGAAUUUGACGUGCAACCGUAAAAAAACUGCCCUCCACUACGCCUUCAAGCACCGUAGCGUCGACUCGUGCAUAAAUCUCAUGAAACAUAUAGCCAAGAUUCAUCAUAAUCAAGAUUCUAUUAGCAAUUAUAAUAUGCAGUUCAUUACGAGUAACGAGAGAUUGAGCACUUAUUAUGUUAGUUGUCUCGAUGAGUUGGAUAAAAUUAAGGUCGAAAGAAUGUCUCCCAAGAUCACGUUGUACCAACUUCUAAUGUACAAUAUUCGUGAAUUAUUGCAGUACACGCGAGCGUUCAAUGAUUACAAAUGCUUCAAAAGUCAAAGAUAUAAUAAUCGUUAUCCCAUUUAUUACGAGAACCUGGAGAGAAAAUUUCAUUCGCUCGUGGAAAAUCGAAAAUUAUUGGAUAGUGCAUCUAUGGGCUUGUGCAUACUAAUCAAGAGAAUUGACUCAAACAGUAUUAUUACCCAAAAGAUUCUUGGAUUCUUAAAGACGGAGGAUUUGAAAAGUUUAGCAUUAAUUUGCGAAUGGAAUAGAGCGCGAAAGUAAAUUACCAAUAUAGCUAGCUG